AUGGCAGUCCAAAGUUCUCGUUUUUUAGUUUCUUUGCCUUUUUCGCGAAGAGUAUUUAAAGAAUCUUUAAGAACUCGUAUAACAGCCUCUUCUCUCGUCCGUACUUAUGCCUUUGACGCUUCCAUACUAAACAAAUCGAAAACCUUUUCGAACCAAAAUAUUAUUCCACGUUUACCAAUUCCUACACUUCAAGAGACUACAACUCGUUACAGGAAGAGUCUAUUACCUAUCCUUACUUCUGAGGAGUAUGACCGUGCCUCGGACGCCAUUGAUGAAUUCAUAAAGCCAGCCGGUCUGGGGAACGUGUUACAAGAAAGACUUCAUGAGCUUGAUAAAAGUGAAAAGUACAAUUGGCUUGAAAAAAUUUGGCUAAACAAAGCUUACUUGGAAUGGCGUGAACCGUCGCUUAUAAACGUCAAUUGGUGGUGUGAGUUCCGUGAUCCUGUUUCUGGUAUUCUAAAGGAAAAUCCGUUAAAAGGACAAAUUACGGAUUUUCAGAUUAAUAGGGCUGCUGGCAUUAUUUCGAAUUUAUUAAACUUCAAUGAAUCUAUUAAUAAUGAGACAUUUCCCCCGGAAUCAACUCGACAAGGUCCACUUUGUAUGAACCAAUAUAAAAAUCAAUUUGGGACUACGCGUAUUGCCGAUUCCCCGGCGGAUAGAAUUAUUACAAGUUGGCCUACAACUGCUAAGCACAUCAUUGUCCUAUUUAGAGAUCAAAUAUUCAAAGUGCAAGUUUUAGGGGAGGGAAAUGCUCGAAUUCCAAUAAAAGAGAUUGAAAAACAAUUGAAAGCGGUAGUUGAACAAGUUAAUAAUACCAGCUCGACCGAUUUCCAAAAAUCGGUUGGAUUAUUGACUGGCGAACAUCGAGAUAUUUGGGCAUCAGCGCGUAAAAAACUUGAAUCGCUUUCACCAGAAAAUAAAUCAACUUUUGAAGCAAUUGAUUCAUCGCUAUUUGCUGUUGCACUAGACGAUUAUUCAACCGACACCAAUAUUGAUGUAUCGCAUCAUAAUAUAUUUCAUGCGUUCAAUGGAAGAAACCGAUGGUUUGAUAAAUCACUCCAGUUGAUUGUGCAAAGUAAUGGACGAGCAGGUGUAAAUGGUGAGCAUUCUCCAGCUGAUGCUGUAAUACCGGGCCGUAUUUUUGACGAUGUUGUCUCAAAAGAGCCUGCUCAAGAUCCGGUCAAUGCAUCAAGUUCUGUGAGUCUAUCGCCGCCGCAACUUCUUAAAUGGGUAACAGAUUCUUCCAUAGAUGAAACGAUUGAACUUGCAAAACCUAAAAUACAAGCAGCAAUCGAUAAUGUAGACAGCGUUUUAUUACAUUACUAUGAAUAUGGAGCUGAUUGGUUGAAAAGUGUCAAGCUUAGUCCCGAUGCGUUCGUACAGAUGGCAUUACAACUAGCAUAUCAACGACAUUAUGGUCAGCCGACAGCGACUUAUGAAUCUGCAUCUACAAGAGCAUUUUUGCAUGGUCGUACUGAAACCGUUCGGUCAUGUUCUCUCGAAAGUGUGGCAUUUGUCAAAGCUUUUGACGACAAUGACAUUCCAGUAUCUAUCAAAACUCAUUUAGAAUAUAUGAUUUCUGCUAGUACCGGUAAAGGAGUAGAUCGUCAUCUUCUUGGCUUACGAACACAAAUACAAUCAGACGAAGAACGUGCACAAGCACACAUUUUCACUGACCCAUCCUAUAUAAAAUCCAUGUACUUUAAAUUAUCCUCGUCGAAUAUGAGCCCAGGCGAUAACUUCUAUGGCGGAUUUGGUGCAGUCGUUCCUGAGGGUUACGGGAUCAAUUAUGCUAUUGGAAAGGGAAAUAUAAAAUUCAGCAUAUCCAGUUUUAAAAAUGCUUCAGAGACCGAUAGCACCGCUUUUAGGAAAACGUUAAAGAAUGCAUUAGAUGAUUUACGAGCAGCGUUAUGA